AUGUACACGAACAUUGUCUCUGUGCUCGCCCUGGCCGGCGCUGCUCAGGCCCACAUGUCGAUGUACUACCCGGCUCCCUUAGGAGGAGCCCCUGCCAUCAACAAGCAAUCAACGGAGCUUGACCCCGAGUUCAACUUCCCGCUUGGCUGCUGUGGCCCUGACGGUGGUGACAGCAGGCCCUCUCCUGGUAUUUGCCGCGGUCACCUUGACAAGUUCGACACUGAGGAUGCUACUGUCACCUGGCAGCCUGGACAAGACGCUUACUUCCAACUGACAAACUAUGACUACGACCCAGCGGCGCCUGGUGGUACCCACUCUGGAGGAUCUUGCCAGGUCGGUUUCUCGACCGACAAGGGCAAGACAUGGAAGAUGGCCGCUUCAUACCACGGUGCUUGCCCACAUGCCACCGAGGAUGGAUCACCUGAGGCCCAGACCUUCGACUUCAAAGUACCUACUGGCAUGCCUGAAGGUGAUGCUAUCUUCGGUUGGGUAUGGCUCAAUCGCGAACACGAGUCAUUCAUGAACUGUGCUAAAGUCCACAUUGGUUCUGGCUCUGGUGCUGGCUCUGGCGAUAGCACCGAGCCCAGCGAGCCAUCUCAGUCUGCAACGCAGCCCGAGCAACCAGCAUACUCCGAGACUGAGCCUGAGGAGACUCCUCAGCCAACUUCCGCACAGCCUGAGGCUCCCGCCGAGGACGAUAAGAGCUCCGAGCAAUCGCCACCCGCUUCGCCUGUCGAGGAUAGCCCGGCUGUCGUUGUUACCACUGUCGUAGCUACUACUAUCUACGAGCAGUACCAGCCCACACAGACAGCGACCAACGACUCUGAAGCCUCCGAGGGGACUGACGACUCAAGUGACGGCCACUGGUGGAACCGUCCUCACCAGAAGGUUAAGGCAGGCACUCGUCGUUAUGCAGUUGACGGCUCUCGCUGUGAGUGCCGUCGUGACGAGCUUACCCUUGCGGCUCGCUGCUCCUGCGAUUCUACCAACAAGGCCGUCGAGCGCAAGGCUCUUCGCAUGCACCGCCGCACCUUCUACAAGCGUGUUGAUGCGUGUGAUUGGAACUCGGCCCCCAGAAUGGAAGUAUCGUACUUCACUGAGGAUGCCAACUGCGCCCCCAAUGCUAAGUCUCACAUGCCUGAGAGCGACACUUUUGAGUUGGGCUGGGAUGUCAACUGUGGUGUCGUUGAUGGCCAGAGUGAGUAUGAGAUCAAGACCAUGAGCUGUGACAUGUAUGGUUAG